CUUGUGGGUGGAUCAAAAGAAAGAUCAAUUUUUUUAUUUUUUUUUUCAAUUUAAAGGGAAUCAUCAUAAUUCAUAAUCAUAGGUUUUUUCAGCAGUUUUAUUACAGUUGACCGUAUAUUGCGGGAAUCCCAAAGAGGGGGGGUGGGGCUCACAUGCUUGGUGCCAAGAAUCUUCCCCUUCUUAUCAACAAAACACACAAUAGGCUUGUAGAGAAUCAUAUUUUUGAGUUCUGCACAGAUAAUCACAACUGAGAGAGAGAGAUAGAGAGAGAAAGAGAGGGAGGAGAGAGAAAGAGAGAGAUUUGUACCCUUUUUUUCAUUUGUGGAUGGGAUUUCAUUUCACAAGAAAUUUGUGGUAAACAGAAGGAAGUUCUUUUGGGGCAUAUGCAAAAAUAAAAGAUAUUUAUUGCAAGUAUUAAAGGAAAUUAAAGCCCUUUGUUGGAAUAUCCAAGAAUCUUUACACACAGUGAGACGGUUGGUGUUUGGAAACCAUUAAUUAAUCCAGGUCUGAAAUUCAGAUCUGGUGGAAGAAGAAUUUAGCUUUUGUGGCAUUGUGUAAAGACUGGAUUUUUAUUUAUUUUUUCACAAGAAAUGGAGCAAGGUGUUCUUCCUCUAAGUACAAUGAUGGGCCCCACUUCGGAUCCGUUUAUGGAUUUGGAUUACAUGGAUGAACUGCUAUUAGAAGGUUGCUGGUUAGAAGCAAACGGAUCCGAAUUCUCGAAUUUCGAUUCCUCAGCUCCAUUUUCACCCUUCCAACCUUCGUUCCCAUGGCCUGCACUCGAACCCGCCAAUCACAACACCGAAUCUAGCGCAAGCCCGUCAAAAUACGGCCAACACGAGGGUCAAAAAUCGUAUUUCCCCGACAAUCUAUCCAUAUCCCAGUCCCGUUUUUCCUCCGAGAAUUAUUUGCUCGAGAGCUGCGAACUCAACAAAAGGUGGUGGAUUGGGCCUAGGCCUUCGUUGUCGGUUAUCGAUCGGUUAAUUCAAGCACUCGCUUACAUUAAAGAUUGCUCGAGGGAUAAAAACGUACUUAUCCAGGUGUGGGUUCCGGUCAAUGGAGGUGGCAAGCGUGUGUUGACCACGAAUAACCAGCCGUUUUCGCUCGAUUUGAACUGUCCCAGCCUUGCUCAUUACAGAGAAAUAUCGGUGAAUUAUCAGUUCCCAGCCGAGGAAGAUUCUAAAGAGGUUGUGGGGUUGCCUGGGAGGGUGUUUAGGAAUAAGGUACCUGAGUGGACCCCGGAUGUUCGAUUCUUUACGAGGGACGAAUAUCCGAGAGUUGACCAUGCGCUUCAGUACGAUGUUCGAGGCACACUUGCUGUACCGGUUCUUGAACAAGGCAGUGGCAAUUGUUUGGGUGUUAUCGAGGUUGUUUUGACCACGCAGAAGAUUCAGUACCGCCCGGAACUCGAAAGCGUCUGCAAAGCUCUUGAGGCCGUUGAUCUGAGGAGCGCCGAAGUUGCGUGCACUCAGGCAGUUAAGACACCCGAUUUCUCAUACCAAGCAGCACUACCCGAAAUCCUAGACGUAUUAAGAUCGGCAUGCGAAACACACGGACUACCAUUAGCUCAAACGUGGGUCCCAUGCAGCCUACAAGGCAAAGGUGGCUAUUGGCAUUCCGACGAUAACUUGAAAAACUGCAUCUCCCCGGUCGAUUCCGCUUGCCACAUAGGCAACCCCCAUAUUCAAGGCUUCCACGAAGCUUGCUCCGAGUACCACUUAUUAAGAGGGCAAGGUAUCGUCGGUAGAGCGUUUGGUACGAAUCAGCCCUGUUUUUUGCCCGAUGUGAGUGCUUGUAGUAAAACGGAGUACCCUCUUUCUCACCAUGCAAGAAUGUUUGGGCUGAAAGCUGCUGUAGCUAUACGUUUGAGGAGUAUUUGUACUGGCUCGACCGAUUUCGUCUUGGAGUUUUUUUUGCCUAUCAACUGUACGGAACCUGAGGAACAGAAGAAGAUGCUCACUUCACUGUCUGCCAUAAUACAAAACGUUUGCCGGACUUUACGAGUUGUCACGGAUAAAGAGUUGCAAGAGGAAUCUCGUUUGCCCGAUCAAGUUCCUAACAUAGAAUCGAAGGAGUUUUUGGGGCCUUAUUCGAGUCAGGUGAAUUGUCAAAAGGGGAAAUCGAGGGAAAAAUUAGUCGAAUCUUCAAAAGCUAGUUUAAAAGAAGGCGUAGCAUUAACUGCGAAUGCUUCUACGUCGGGCGAUUGUAGCUCACUGUACACGAGCAAAACUGGAGAGAAAAAACGGAUCAAAGCGGAGAAAACGAUUACGUUGCAGGUUCUGAGGCAACACUUUGCUGGAAGCCUAAAAGAUGCUGCAAAGAGUCUCGGUGUCUGCCCUACGACUCUGAAGAGGAUAUGCAGGCAGCACGGAAUUCAACGAUGGCCUUCUAGAAAGAUCAAGAAAGUCGGCCACUCUCUACAAAAGAUCCAACGAGUCAUCGACUCAGUCCAAGGCACCUCCGGCGUCUUACAAAUCGAGUCUUUCUACUCCAGCUUCCCCGAAUUAGCCUCACCCAACGCAUCAACAAGAACCACUCAAUUCUCGCACUCCAAAUCGGCCGACAAUCUAAACCCUUUAAAUGGGCCCCACGAGGGCACCACCAUUUCGAGACCCCCAGGCCCGAACCCCGCCACGUCACCGUCGCCGCCCACGUCGUCGUGCAGUCAGAGCUCGAACUCGAGUCAAUGCUGCUCGAGCGGGGCACAGCCGAAUCAUUCCUCUUCGCUUAGUCCUCAAGAUCCAACGGCUAAGGAAGAAGAAGAACCCGUUAAAGAGAAUUUCAAGAGAGCUAGAAGCGAUGCGGAUUUCAAUAAUCUGACGGGCGACGGUCCACCGAAGGUUCUCCCGAGGUCUCACAGCCACGUGUCUUUCUGUUGGCCGGAUAAAACGGAGGUGGCAAAAGAAGAAGAUAACGGGGAAAAAACAAGAGAGAGAGAUGGGCCGAGGAUUAAAGUGACUUACGGGGAAGAUACGAUUAGGUUUCGCAUGCAGAAUAAUUGGAGGUACAGAGAUUUGUUAAGGGAAAUAUCGAGACGAUUUGGAGUGGAUAAUAAUAAUAAUGUAGGGGGGUUUCAUCUGAAAUAUCUGGAUGACGACGGUGAAUGGGUUUUGCUGACGUGUGAUGCUGACCUGGAGGAGUGCAUCGACGUGUGCAGAUCGUCUCGGAGCCAAACGAUUAGGCUCUCGUUUCUUUGUGAUUCGCAUUCGCAGUUCGGUAGGUCUUUCGGGUUUAGAGGUCCUUUUUCGUUGUAGUAGUGAAAUAAAAUUUAUAUAGCUGUUUUUUUUUUCUUAUAUCUAUAUUAUAUAAGUUUUGUUUGCAGUUAUCGCUGCUUGCAAGAAGAUUCUGUUGCAACAGUUUGGAUUUUUUUUUUUUUUUUUUUUUUUUUUUUGAGUUUGUAUUACUAUGUAGCUAAGGAGCAUGUUGCUCUUUCUUGACAUUGUAGAUAAAGAAAGAAUGUAGAGAACAAUUUAUGUUGUU